UACAACUCUGACUUCAACAGGGAGCACACUGCACUCUUGGAUUACAGUCAUCCAUCACAGAAGGAGUAUAGUUUGUCUAGGGCGCUAAUACCAACAGACCACAGCAGCAUGGGGAGCAGCAUGUCAUGUGUCCCCCAGCACAAUUUCAGAUUCUCUAGCAAGAGUUUCAUACGCAGAAACAGCAGUCGCCUGUUUCGCAAGAAGAAUCCCCAAGAAGGACAGGAGAAGUCUAACAGUAUCAUCAAUAUCCUGUGCACCGUCACUCCCAGAAAGGAAAUGUCUCCUAAAGAUCUGCAGACAAUAGAGAACAUAAAAUGGGAUCCACCGUUUCCCUAUGACCCGGCCAGCGGCUGGAAGAAGAGCAGCAUCAAUGUGAAGAAUUAUGGGAGGAUGAUUCAUAGCUCCAAAGUCCGCUUCCGCUUCCUCCACUGCCAGGAUGUACAUGACUGCUACCUGGAUCUCUUCCAAACACACCUUCACUUUGUGUCAAACAAUACAACGGGACUGACAUACCAGGGAACUCUUCCACUGAAAGAACUCACAAUCUGCAACCUGCAACAGAACUGCAACCACAGCCAAGCCCAGGAAUUCGCUUUUCAAAUAAACGGUGUUAGCCUUAACCCGAUCAUUGUCUACUGCGCCAGUCAAGAGGAAAUGGACAUGUGGUUUGGACUGCUUAAAGAAAAUAUUGAGGCCAACGGAGGCACUGCAAUUGCCCCUGAAAACUACACAAGAGUCAAAGUACACAAAGAUGAGACACUCGAAGGGAGAGAGGAACUGAGGAACUCCAUCAACAAAGAGCCCAUCUAUGAGUGGGAAGGUUCUCAGAGGGACAGCUUGGGUCCGAUCACCUAUGUCACCAAAGUCCGUCUACAGCACCUCCCUUGUCAGGAACAAAGUGACAGACUUCUGGUGAUGUACCCAUCAACACUCAUCAUCCUAUCAGAAGAAAAUGAUGGGCUCUUUUAUAAGGGAAAACUUCCGCUCAACAUGAUAACUGUGACCACACCCUGCCAAGAUGUCAAGCCAAACACAUUUAUGAUUGAAGGGAAGCUGAUCAACCCCAUAGUCGUGUCCUGUCUGGAUAGGACUGAGUUCUGCGACUGGAUCCAGCAUUUCAAAGCUGCUGACGUGCCUGUUCUCAGCCCGCCGCCCCCUGUGUAUGACAUCAUCUACACUCCAACACAGAGAGAGGUUCCACAGUUUGACAGGUGGAGUGGAAACAGCCAAGGAAGAAAUGAGUCCCUAAAGUUCAGCCACAGUGGAAGUGGGUCUCGUAACCUUCAGUUACCAAUACAUGAAGACAACCCCCUUUCUCCUGGAUAUGCUGAACCCCUUUGUUACAACUCCAGCCGUCCCUCCUCAACAGAGACUGCACGCCUGGGCAGCAGAACCAACAGCGUGUCUUCCCACACGAAGCCUGAGCGCGACCUGCGACCUUUGUCCCUACGCUAUUCGUCCCCCCAGCGCAAUUCCUACAUUCAUCCUGCAGAGAGCUCAGGACUGUCUCAGAUCUACAGCACCCCCUACUCUGCCUUGCAACGCACCAGCCCACAGAGUCUGGAGAAAACCCCGCUUGUAAAGUCUAACAGCUGGAGCACCCCUCAGACAUCUCUGAACUACUCCCUGAAUGUACCCCAGCGUCACUCAGACCUGUGUGCAUCCCGACAGCCUUUGUCGCCCCUGUACGAUGAGCCCUGCAGCCCCGAAAUCUACUCCUUGGAUGAAGCUAGGCCAGUGCACCAGAGCUGGCAGGAGCCGGUUCACCAUCAUCAACCCCCCCAGCUCCUACCCUCCUCAUUCCAGCUUCGCACUCCUCCCAUGGGCAGGCGCUGCAGGAGAAGCCUGGUCCUGACCAACUCCCAGGGCCACGCUUUAGGCCUGGAAACUCCUCAAAGCCAAGCAGAGCAGAGAGCAGAGGCCGUGUCAAGGCUAAAACUGCUGCCGAUGCCUGGCCAAGUGCAAGAGCAGAUACUCCUCCCAUCAAGCUCUAUGAUGAACACUUCUCAGAUGUCUUGCGGUUACUCACCAGAUCACCACUCAUACCUUGAACCCACAGAGCCAGAUGACCAGGAAAUGGACUAUGACAACAUUUGGGAGUACGAUUGUGAUACAGGAAUGAUUCAGCCAACGUCUGGAAUUUCAGCACACUGGACAGGAUUAGACUUUGGGGCCAGAGGCCUUGGUGCCAUGGCAACCCAGCAGAGAUGGUCAUAAAACAUAACAAUAGCCCGGCACUCGUCUGGACGUGUGCAAACAACAGAUCUCUAUCAGAGGGAUAAUAAAAGUCAACUAUCACAGCCGGUGUUGGUCCUGUUAUGUACAGUACGAACCACAAAUCCCAUGAACUACUUUAGAUGUGGGGCAGUAACGAAAGACUAAUGAGUUCAGGAAUGUUGAAAGAAAACAAGUACGAAAUCCACUGUCUGUUUAACAUGUAGCAUUCAAGAAGACAACAGUGUAUAUACCUUGUAGCAUUUUUCUUAUUUUUUGAAUUUCUCAUGGGAUUGCACUGUAAAUUGUAUGUUAACUAUAUGUUCAGUUAAUAUUUAAGGUAUUUUGUAACCUGCUGUCCAGUUUACAUAUUGUUAUCUAUUUCAUUUUAUAAGUGAAGCUACAAAAGGCAUUCCAGCAGGGCUUGUUAUUGUAAAGGAUGUAUAUUUUUGUAAAAAUUGUACAGUUAAUAUUUUAUUAUACUUCACUGUCACAGUAAACAGGCUUCAACUGACUGCCUUUACAGUGCUAGGAAUACUAUCACUGUGGCAAAAUGUAUGUAACUGUGUGGUUUUCUUUUAUAAAUAUUUUGUUUGAGGUGUUUAUUUAUAUUCUAAAUAAAACUGGAAAAGUGAAC